AUGGCAUCGGGAAAAGCUAAUAAAAAAGUUGCAGCACUGGCCAUUGACCUGCCGGAAUGUCCGGUUUGUUUGGACACGAUGUGCGCCCCAAUCUUCCAGUGUCAAUCGGGACACAGCCUCUGUAAUAACUGUACGCAGAACCUGCUGCCGCCAGUAUGCCCAAUAUGCCGUCAAAACAUGACGCAGAUGAGGAACUGGCAACUCGAGGAAAUUAUUGCUAAGGCAAAAGUGCCGUGUCCUAAUAAAUCAUCUGGAUGCGUGUACACCAUGAUGGCAGUGGAUUUAGAAGACCAUCUUAAAGAAUGCAUCUUCCGCGAAAUGCACUGCCCACUCGGAGCUGUCUUCGGAAAGUGUUCCUGGACAGGUAAAUUAAAGGAUAUGAUGGAACACUUUAAGGAUCGUCACGCGGAGAACUGCGGCGUCACCACUGAUGAGGAAGUGGAACUUGCCAACGUCAAUAUAAAAAAUGAUGAUCGUCAUCUCUUCUUGGUAGCACAAGCCAAGUUUAUUUUUAUUGUCACCGUGAAAAUGGAUACUCUCCAGAACAUGGUGUACUGGACCAUUCAGCACAUUGGCAGUAAGAAAGUGGCAUACGAUCAUAUUUAUGAGAUACAUCUGCUAAGCAAGCAGACUCCAAGAAGGAAAAUUGUAUUCACGGAACAUUGCUUCAAUGAUGCUGUUAAACCUGAAGAGGUAUUUCGUGAAGGCAAAUGUCCCAUGUUGCCACUGGAGGUAUUGACUAACUACAUCAAAGACAAGAAAUUGUCUUUCAGAUUCUUUAUCAAGAGGAUCCCACCAGUUGUACCCAAAAGUAGUAAUGAUAAGGGGAAAAAUGACAACAAACCAAAUCCUGGACCGGGACCGGGACCAAAAGGUCCUGGGCCGAAGGGACCCAAACAACCAGAUGGGAAAAAUAAACAAAAUGGACCGGGUCCUGCCGGAAAGAAUCAGAAAACUAAAGCUUAG